UCAUGAAUAGUAGGCUUUAUAUUCAAACUUUGAGUAGAAGAAAGAACACGAGAGGGAAACCAAGGCUAGUGUUUCUUCUUUCAACCAUUUGGCUUUGAACUCCGAUUAAGCUUAGAUACAAUGCACUCAGCAAAUCAUUGGGGAGGAUCAUUAGAAAUAGCGAACAACGGCGAUUCAACGGCGGAGGAAUACGAUCGGAGUCGGAAUUUGGAUUGGGACAAAGCAUCAAUAAAUCAUCAACAACAACAACAGUAUAAUAACUACGAUCAAUAUUCUCAUCGGCAUAAUUUAGAUGAAACGCAACAGAGUUGGUUAUUAGGUCCGCCGGAGAAGAAGAAGAAGAAACACGUCGAUUUAGGAUGUAUUGUUUGCAGCAGAAAAGCAUUCAAAUAUACAAUUUAUGGAAUUAUUAUCGCUUUUCUCGUCAUCGCUCUGCCUACGAUCAUUGCCAAAACUUUGCCUAAGCAUAAAACUCGGCCUUCUCCUCCUGAUAAUUACACUAUUGCCCUUCACAAAGCUCUUCUCUUCUUCAACGCUCAAAAAUCUGGAAAAUUGCCAAAAAGCAAUGGGAUCCCAUGGAGAGGAGACUCAGGUUUAAAAGAUGGAUCAAAACUCACAGACGUUAAAGGAGGGCUGAUUGGAGGGUACUAUGAUGCUGGAGAUAACACAAAAUUUCACUUUCCAAUGUCAUUUGCAAUGACAAUGUUGAGUUGGAGUGUCAUUGAAUAUGAACACAAGUACAGAGCCAUUGGAGAGUAUGAUCAUGUCACAGAUCUCAUCAAAUGGGGCACUGAUUACUUGCUUCGUACUUUCAACUCCACUGCCACUAAAAUUGACAAAAUUUAUAGCCAGGUUGGUGGUUCUCUAAAUAAUUCAAGAACACCAGAUGAUCACUACUGCUGGCAAAGGCCAGAAGACAUGACUUACGAACGCCCUGUUCAAACAGCUAAUUCGGGGCCUGAUCUAGCCGGUGAAAUGGCAGCAGCAUUGGCUGCAGCCUCCAUAGUAUUCCGCGACAACACACAAUAUUCAAGAAAGCUCGUUAAAGGAGCAGAGACCCUGUUUGCUUUCGCCCGUGACUUUGGCAAACGGACUUCAUAUUGCCGCGGAAAUCCUUACAUUGAACCUUUCUACAACUCCACAAACUAUUUCGACGAGUUCAUGUGGGGAUCAGCUUGGCUAUAUUAUGCUACUGGCAAUAAAACUUAUAUAUCGUUGGCGACUAAUCCUGGAUUGUCCAAGAAUUCCAAGGCGUUUUUCAUGAUCCCGGAUUUAAGCGUGUUGAGCUGGGAUAACAAAUUGCCUGCAGCUAUGUUGCUGUUAACUAGGAUGAGGAUAUUCUUGAAUCCAGGUUACCCUUAUGAGGAAAUGUUGAGUAGCUAUCACAACGUCACUAGUCUUACCAUGUGUUCCUACCUACAGAGGUACCAAGUCUUCAACUUCACCAAAGGUGGACUGAUCCAGUUGAAUCAUGGCCGUGGACAAUCGUUACAGUAUGUGGCCAAUGCAGCAUUUUUGGCAUCACUCUUUGUUGAUUACAUGAAUGCCACUGGUGUUCCAGGAUGGAACUGUGGCCCUACCUAUAUCUCCUUGGAUGUUCUUCGCCGUUUUGCCACUUCCCAGAUGAAUUAUAUUUUAGGUGACAAUCCCUUGAAGAUGAGCUAUGUAGUAGGGUAUGGAAACAAAUUCCCAAGGCAUGUACAUCAUAGGGGUGCAUCAAUACCCUCUGGUAAAACAAAGUACUCAUGCACUGGAGGGUGGAAAUGGAGAGACACCAGUAAUCCCAAUCCUCAUAACAUAACAGGAGCUAUGGUAGGAGGACCUGAUAAGUUUGAUAGGUUCAAAGACGCGCGCAAAAAUUUCAGCUAUACAGAGCCAACACUAGCAGGAAAUGCAGGACUAGUUGCUGCACUGGUUUCUUUAACCAGCAGUGGUGGCUAUGGCGUUGACAAAAAUACCAUUUUCUCAGCUGUUCCACCUUUAUAUCCAAUGAGCCCACCCCCACCUCCACCAUGGAAACCAUAAAGUGCAAAUUUUGCCUUGAAAAACUGCAGCAACUUAAAAUUUUCCUAUUAUUUGGAUAUCCCCAUCACCAUGUACAAAAUUUCUGAGAUUAAAGAGUUGUUGUAACUCUAUUUAUCUUGUGACAUCAGCGGCGUAAUAAAAUUCUUGUAUUAAUUUCUUUUGUUAA